CUGGUGGCUAUAAGUGGCAGCGCCGGGCUCAUCGAGGCUUCAGUCCACUGCUGCCGGGGCCGGGGCCGGGGUUAGUGCUGGAGCUGGACCAGGAGGAGCUGCAGCUGGGCCGGGGCGGAGCGCUCCCCCGCGCCGGGGCCGAAAGGAGGAGCGUGUUGCUGCUGGCCCACCGCGAGCCGCCCCCAGCCCGCGCCGAGGCGCCUUCCCGCCAGGCCGCCUGCCUCCGACCUUCCGCCUUUCUCCAUUUCCCCGGAAUCUCAGCCCGGUGCGCCUGGACCCCUGCCCUUCUCUGGGUGGACAAGCUCCCGGCCGCCUCCCGGUUUCACUCCUUUGCAGCCUGGGUUCCCAGCUCCCUCUCUCCUUUUCCUGGACUGGGUCUCACUCCCUUUGGUCCUCUUCCUUUAGCUCAGGCUCCCUACCGCUUCCCUCAGCCCAGAGUCCCAGCUGCUCAGUCACUUUCCUCAUCCAAAGGUCCCAGCCUCCCCUCUUCCUUUCCCUUGCACGGGUCCAGCCUGUCCUGCCCUUUCUUCUAUCCCUGGGGCACAGUUUCCCACAUCCCUCCCCUCCUCCCAGGGCCGGAGUUCCAGACCUUUUGAUCUCCUUCCGUGGUCUUUCCUGGGUCUUUGUCCCCUUUCCCCACUUUAGAGAUCCAGAUUGCAAACUCAGGCUCCCUCCACUCCCAGAAAAUUGCUUCCACCGAAAUGCCUCUCUAAAACAUGAACUUUUCCUAGAGACUACGUUAGUUUGUCUUCCCACUUGCUGACCCUUUGCUACCUAUGUGCCCGGUUUUACUCUCACUUGGCUAAGGUCGAGGCCGGCUCGGGGAGCACCACCAUGCUUCUGCGGUCUGGCAUCUGUGGCCUCUCUCCACCUCGGAUCUUCCCUUCCUUGCUCGUGGUGGUCGCUUUGGUGGGGCUCCUACCUGUUCUCAGCAGCCAUGGCCUCCAGCUCAGCCCAACUGCCAGCACCAUUCGAAGUUCAGAGCCACCGCGGGAACGCUCGAUUGGGGAUGUCACCACCGCCCCACCGGAGGUCACCCCAGAGAGCCGCCCUGUUAAUCAUUCCGUCACUGAUCAUGGCAUGAAGCCGCGAAAGGCCUUUCCAGUCCUGGGCAUCGAUUACACACACGUGCGCACCCCCUUCGAGAUCUCCCUCUGGAUCCUUCUGGCUUGCCUCAUGAAGAUAGGUUUCCAUGUGAUCCCCACUAUCUCAAGCAUCGUCCCGGAGAGCUGCCUGCUGAUCGUGGUGGGGCUGCUGGUGGGGGGCCUGAUCAAGGGCGUAGGCGAGACACCCCCCUUCCUGCAGUCCGACGUCUUCUUCCUCUUCCUGCUGCCACCCAUCAUCCUGGAUGCGGGCUACUUCCUGCCGCUGCGGCAGUUCACAGAAAACCUGGGCACCAUCCUGAUCUUUGCUGUGGUGGGCACGCUGUGGAACGCCUUCUUCCUGGGCGGCCUCAUGUACGCCGUUUGCCUGGUGGGCGGUGAGCAGAUCAACAACAUCGGCCUCCUGGACAACCUGCUCUUCGGCAGCAUCAUCUCUGCCGUGGACCCCGUGGCGGUUCUGGCUGUCUUUGAGGAAAUUCACAUCAAUGAACUGCUGCACAUCCUUGUCUUUGGGGAGUCCCUGCUCAAUGACGCCGUCACUGUGGUCCUGUAUCACCUCUUUGAAGAAUUUGCCAACUACGAACAUGUGGGCAUCGUGGACAUCUUCCUCGGCUUCCUGAGCUUCUUCGUGGUGGCCCUGGGCGGGGUGUUUGUGGGCGUGGUCUACGGGGUCAUCGCAGCCUUCACCUCCCGAUUUACCUCCCACAUCCGGGUCAUCGAGCCGCUCUUCGUCUUCCUGUACAGCUACAUGGCCUACUUGUCAGCCGAGCUCUUCCAUCUGUCAGGCAUCAUGGCGCUCAUAGCCUCGGGAGUGGUGAUGCGCCCCUACGUGGAGGCCAACAUCUCCCACAAGUCCCACACCACCAUUAAGUACUUCCUGAAGAUGUGGAGCAGCGUCAGUGAGACCCUCAUCUUCAUCUUCCUCGGCGUCUCUACCGUGGCCGGCUCCCACCACUGGAACUGGACCUUCGUCAUCAGCACCCUGCUCUUCUGCCUCAUCGCCCGCGUGCUGGGCGUGCUGGGCCUGACCUGGUUUAUCAACAAGUUCCGCAUCGUGAAGCUGACCCCCAAGGACCAGUUCAUCAUCGCCUAUGGGGGCCUGCGAGGGGCCAUCGCCUUUUCUCUGGGCUACCUCCUGGAUAAGAAGCACUUCCCUAUGUGUGACCUGUUCCUCACUGCCAUCAUCACUGUCAUCUUCUUUACCGUCUUUGUGCAGGGCAUGACCAUUCGGCCCCUGGUAGACCUGUUGGCUGUGAAGAAAAAGCAAGAGACGAAACGCUCCAUCAACGAGGAGAUCCACACACAGUUCCUGGACCACCUUCUGACAGGCAUCGAGGACAUCUGUGGCCACUACGGUCACCACCACUGGAAGGACAAGCUCAACCGGUUUAAUAAGAAAUACGUGAAGAAGUGUCUGAUAGCCGGCGAACGCUCCAAGGAGCCCCAGCUCAUUGCCUUCUACCACAAGAUGGAGAUGAAGCAGGCCAUCGAGCUGGUGGAGAGCGGGGGCAUGGGCAAGAUCCCCUCUGCUGUCUCCACCGUCUCCAUGCAGAACAUCCACCCCAAGUCGCUGCCUUCCGAGCGCAUCCUGCCCGCGCUGUCCAAGGACAAGGAGGAGGAGAUCCGCAAAAUCCUGAGGAACAACUUACAGAAGACCAGGCAGCGGCUGCGGUCCUACAACAGACACACGCUGGUGGCAGACCCCUACGAAGAAGCCUGGAACCAGAUGCUGCUCCGGAGGCAGAAGGCCCGGCAGCUGGAGCAGAAGAUCAACAACUACCUGACAGUGCCGGCCCACAAGCUGGACUCUCCCACCAUGUCCCGGGCCCGCAUCGGCUCAGACCCGCUGGCCUAUGAGCCGAAGGAGGACUUGCCUGUCAUCACCAUUGACCCGGCCUCUCCACAGUCACCCGAGUCUGUGGACCUGGUGAAUGAAGAGCUGAAGGGCAAGGUCUUGGGGUUGAGCCGGGAUCCUGCGAAGGUGGCCGAGGAGGACGAGGAUGACGAUGGGGGCAUUGUGAUGCGGAGCAAGGAGACUUCGUCCCCAGGAACCGAGGAUGUCUUCACCCCCGGGCCCAGUGACAGCCCCAGCUCCCAGAGGAUACAGCGCUGCCUCAGUGACCCAGGCCCACACCCUGAGCCUGGGGAGGGAGAACCGUUCAUCCCCAAGGGGCAGUAGCACCAGGGCCAGCAGGCAGUGCCCGUCCCCUCACAGACUCUCCCACCAGAGCAGGGGCUGCUGGGGGCUCCCCUUGCCGUUCCUGACCCGGAUGGGCCCUGCCCCUCCCCCUACCGCAUGGCAGCUGGGCCCACAGCCCCCACCCCAGAACAGCUUCUCCCUCCCCCACCUGGGAAGCCUCCUCCACACCAGAACUGCCUCCCCAAUCCAUGUGGCAGAAUUGCUCGGGCUGGUGAGGCCGGUCCUGCCCUCCCCUAGAUCCAGGCUUUUCCAGGACCUGGACUAGGGCCUCGGAGGCUCUUCCCUCUGCCAUCCCCCUCCUCGUUCAGACCAAUCCUAGUUUCCAACCAAAGAGUCUCUGGCUCAGCUGUGGUCCCACCCAGGAAGGGAGGGAGCUGAGGCCUCCCUCAAGCAGGCCCUGCUUUAUCAGGGGACACACCAGGGGUACCAGGCAUCUGGCUGGGGGAGGGACUGCUGGCCCACCAAGGUCUCACACUCCUCCUGCCAGCUCUGUCACCCUGGCCACCACCUCGACCUGUCCUUACUCAGAGCUGCGGGCUGAGGGCAUCUCUGAGUGUCUCUGCCUGGAGCAGGGGUGGUUUCUACGGUGACAGUGACGUGACUCAGAGCUUUCCAAACUGUGCUCCCACGGGGACCACUGGCCCUCAGGGGAUGCUGCUGGGGAAGGACUGGCUGUGGCUCCAGAAUGUGCUGCCUUUUUUAAGUUUCGUUUGUUCAUACUUCCAUAUAUAUGAUUGUUUUUGCACAGAGGGCACUCCUAUUUUUAAAACGUUUUGAAAACUCCUGGCUGAACAGUGCUCUGCCCUCUUAACUCCCCUCUCACACUCCAGGAAUGACCCCUCCUCAUUUGUGCCUGUCUGUCCAACCCCCCCCCGCCCCACCACGUUUCUCAAGAGCCUGCUGGGCUCUUGACUGUGGCCUGAAGGCUCUGACAUCAGAAGUGACUCCCACGCCUAAUCAAGAGUCUCUCCAACCUCACAGAUGCUGGGCCUCUGGGCACCUGCCUAGCUCUUGGGCCUGACCUUCAGUCCUGCUGGCCUGCUCUUACUUCCCCCACCCUGGGUUUGGCCCCUGGAAAGCACCCCUCGUGUGUACCACACCCUGUCUGCUGUGGAGCCCACUGUGGAGUUGGGGGUGGGGGAGGGUGGAGAAGGCCUCCCCUGAGGAUCUCCUGUCCCCCAAGGCUGGUGGGCUGGGCAGAAUCCUGGGCCCCCAAGAGGCCUUUGCUCACACACACUCCUUUCCCCUGUCCCCAGGGCACUCCCCCAGGAUCGUGCAAUAGUCAGAGUGUCCCUCUUUGCAGGGGACUGGGCCGUGGGUCCUCGGCCCAUCUGUCCAUCCUCCUCUCCAUGCAAGUGCUGUUUGGGCAGGAGUCACCAUGCAAGGGUGACGUCGGCAACCAUGUACCAAGCCACCGCAGCUGCUGCCACUCUGCCGCCUGUACAGAAGAAACUGAAUCUUUUUCAUAUUCUAAUAAAUCAAUGUGAGUUUUUGGUAGA